AUGUUGAGAUCUGCUGAGGUUGCUGAUAGAUACCAGCUCUUCAAUCCUCAGGCAUAUCUUCAGAACAACUAUAUGCCUCCUCGAGCCAACUUUGAGAAUGAGGACUGUGUUGUUCCCUGGAAACUCCGCUGCUUUGCAUCCUCAUUCUCAACAGGAGAAAUUCAUGGCCACACGCUCCUGGACAUCGGCUCUGGCCCAACUCUGUACCAAGUUAUCAGCGCCUGUAACUUCUUCAACAAGAUUGUAAUGUCUGAUUACUUGGAGGUGAAUCGGGAGGAACUCAGGAAAUGGCUGAGAAGAGACCCUGGAGCCUUUGACUGGAGUCCCUACAUUAAAUAUGUAUGUGACCUUGACGGAAAGAGGGAUCACUGGGAAGAUACAGAGAGGAAACUACGGGAAACAAUUCAAGAGGUCUGUCAUUGUGACAUCAUGCAGGCAAAUCCUCUGCACCCAAAGGUGCUGAAUCCUGUUGAUGCCAUCAGUACCACCUUCUGCCUGGAGUCUGUGUGCCCAGAUAAGAAAUCACUGGAGGAGGCUUUAACUAAUAUCAGCUCACUGCUGAAACCAGGUGGCUUCCUCCUGAUGAUUGGGGCACUCAAUGAAUCCUACUACCUGGCUGGGGAAGUGAAGCUCAGCGUCAUUCCUCUUGAUGAAGAUUAUGUGAAGGAGACAGUUAGCAGGUCUGGCUACAGAAUCUGUACCUUCAAAACAUACAACAUGCCACCUGAUCUGAACAUUGGGGUUGAUGAUGUGUGCGCGGUUUUCUACCUUCAAGCACAAAAAAUCUGAGCUGUGUAUUUGUAACUUCACUGCCAGAGAUUUCACAAACAUUCAAAUGGAACUGAUAUAAAAGCAGCUUCUGAGUGAGUGAGAGAAAAUAGUUACACGACACUAGGGUAGACGGUCAGAGAGACUAGACACACUCCCUAAGUUAGUGUGAUAUCUGUGUGUGCACACGCAUAUAACAGGCUGUCUGAACACAUCUCUGGACUGACUCAAAGAUGCUUUUAGGCUCAAUUUGUUAACCGUUUUUCAUCAA